AUGUCUUUCCCUGUCCUCCACGUCAUCUACGCUGGCCGCGGCGAUGCCAUGAUCCUCGAAUGCGAUGACUACAAACAACCCGGUGGACGCAAUUUCAUUCUUGUGGAUGGUGGUCCCAAAUGCUACAACGCUUAUAGCGGGUGGGAAGCCCCGUACCAUCGAUAUCUCUCGUCUGCAUGCCAACAAAUCAUGGGCAAUCGCAAUGAUUUUGCUGCUAUUGUCUUUUCGCAUCCCGAUGAGGACCAUUAUGGGGGCUAUCUGCACUCGUUGCAAGGCCCUGGAUUUCCUACCAGCAAUGUGUUUUUCCCAAAUGCUAGCUCCGAAGAUGAUGACUCCAAUAAGCCAAUUGAAGAUAUCUGCACCAACGCUGGGAUGCGAACAGCAGCUCCCCGUCCUGGGGAAGAGUUCUAUGAGUACUUAAUUCCUCCAAUCAAAGCAAUAUAUCCAUCGGGCAUUGUAUGGUACUAUGGGGGUACAGGUCGUGACGUGGCGAAGAUACCGCUUAAUCCCGGCAAGACAAAGAAUAAGCGCAGCAUUCUCAUGUACACCGCAACACCUGGAUCGGACGGAGAAAUGGGGAUAUUCUUCACAGGCGACAACCAUGCCGACAUCAUCUCUGAAGCGAUAAAUAAGGCGAUACCCUUGGAAACGCGCAGAUUCUCAAUCUACAAGAUACAGCAUCACGGGGCGCUUGAUGACAACAUGAAACAAUUCUCUCUACCAACAUUCACAAAAAAGGUCGAGGCAGCAGGGUUCAUCUAUUUUCUUCUCAAAGUUCGGCUCGGAACUGCCUAUCUCCCCUUUAAGCGAUCUGUCAUCGACACUGUGAAGUAUGCGGCCGGGGUGUUGGACCGCGACAUCCUGCGAUUCCAAGACCUAAUCAACUACUUUAACAAUCUUCAAUAUGCGAUGGAAGGCUUAAUGCAGACACACUUGGCAAAUGUGAACCCUCCAGCUGAGAAGGCGGAUGAGAUAGCUAUUGAGUUCCCUCUCGGCGCCCCAUCCUAUUUACACGAGGCUGAAGGUCUUUUGAAAAAGCUCGAUGAAGUGAUUAGCGACACAAAGAGUCUGCACCGGGAAAGAUGGAAGAAAUUCAGAAAAAACAAUGAUACCCCCGAGUUCGGUACAUAUAUGCACGUCUGUUGCGUUCGAAAGUUCUACAUAACCUUUGGGGCUGAUGUCUAUGUCGUCAGCGCGAAUGGAGAGUACAAUCAUCCUCGCCCAGAAGUUCUAGUCGGACUGGCUAUCGCAGUCAAGGACCAGAAUCGUAGCGCCCGAUUGUACGUGACUAGUGGCAGAAGUAUCGACAUGGAAAGUCUAGACAGGGUUGCAAAAGUCAUGGGACAUGGCUCAGUCGAAUCCCUGUUCUUUGGAGAGAAUCUAAGGAUCUCAUAUCUGAGCCGCGGCACAUACAUGUCGCUGAGUGGCGAGUCACAGGGCAUGGAAAUGCCACCGAAUAUCGAGCGUGAUAUGAAAAAGGUGACGCAAGAGAUUCGGUUCCCAAUGGACGAUGCGCAACUCACGCUCCGACGUGAGAUACAUUUCUGGCUCGAACAUUCCAACCACGACAUCCUUGCCAUGACCGAAGAAUACCAGAUAAGGACGUUCGUAAACGGAGCCUGGUGUUAUCUAUACCUCAAGGCUGACCAGAAUGGAAUUCGCUGGUAUAUCGCGGACGACAAUAACCCCCAGACCGUCUGGAUAGACAAAAAAGACCUGAAUAUCGUCACAACAGGGGCAUACGAUUUAACAUGCCGAAUUGCAAAAUAUACCAGCUUAUCUAGAAGAUUCAGGUACACACUUCAAGGACCGAACUACGGAUCGCCGCUAUAUUCCAUUGAAGACACUGUUUCCAAGGAGAUGCUGUAUUAUGUGCCUAGCGGAGAUGUUGACUUUGGCCCAAAACCUGACAAUGCUCCGUUGGCUUCAGUCCAUCUGAGAGUUGCCCCAGCACAGUUCCUCACAGAGGCCGAUUCUUCUGGAGUGAUACAUACCAAUAGCUAUGUUGAGCCUUAUCUGUCAUCUGACCUGAAAAGUUCAACGGAAGCAACCUCCUUUGGCUCUCACGUUCCACUCCGCCAGGCAUUCGAAAUUCUGAAUGACCCUAUCAAAGAAAAAUUGAACCCGAACAUGAUCGAAACGCUGAGCCACUUAUAUAGAAACCAGAGUGCUUUGACGGAAGUCAUUGGAAGACUCCCAGAGUCGCUGCUUAAGAUUGGACUGGCAACUUUUGAAAUCGAUCUUGAUGCGUCAACAGCCAUCCUCCACUCAUAUCCACUGGAAGGGCAGGUCAUUGGCAGUGCUAUCUUGCAGAGAGCCUCAGUUAAAACAGAAGCGAGCAAUGUUAUCGAUACUGAAAUGGCUGGAUUCAAAUUUCAACUCCAGGAUGUUGUUGUCAGGGUUGAAAAGUGUUGCUCUCCACAGGUCCAUCUUACCGUGGAGACUGAAGCCACUUUGAAGGCAAAGGACUCAAAGAAGCAAAAUGACAUUAAAUUCGAGAUGACUUGGAAGGCAUCAGAGGAAGAGACUAUCAUCUCUUUCAGUUCCACCGUGAUAGCCAUCACGGAUCUCCUUACCGCCCUUGUCGACACAACGACCAAUAUCGAGACGAUUCUGAAGGGAAACAUCCCUCUCAUGGGCAAGUCCCCGGAGGGAGAGGCUCCAACUUCGAUCAAAAGUAUGCCGGCGGGAUCAAUGUCCGAAGUAGGGUUCUCUCUUAGGCAGCCCAUUGGUAUGAUUGAUAUGUACGACUUGGCCGAUAUAUGGGUCCGCACAGCCUCCUCAGAGUGGCAAAACUUCUUACCCGUACCAGAUAACUUUAGAAACGUCAAGGCUGAAGUCCUAAUCCGUGUGAUGGACCCUCUAUAUUUGGAAACAUUGAGGCUAGCUACGAGUGUCCAGUUUACCAUGCCGCUCCCAAGCAACACUGAGAGGAGCAUCACAGUACGAUUCGAUGCUAUACCUUUGGCCAGGGAGGGUGACUACGACUACCGACUCCAGAUUAUCUCUGCCGAUUACGGAGUAACGGUUCCUGAUAUUGUCGGGGCCAUUGGCUUCACCGAUGUCUCAGAGAAGAUCAGAGCAAUACCUGCGCUGGACCGAGCUUUCGGGGCAGUGCAAGUCCAACAGGCUGGAAUAUCUGUUGCAAAUGUCAACAAGAAGUGGAAUUAUCAGGAGUGGGACUUCGAGCUCUGCAUUCCCUACUUUGACCUUAUCGUAGGGUCUCUUUCUUUGGUAGAUACAGUGAUAAAGGUCGAAUGGCAUGGGGAUGGGGAUAUUCAGGCAAAAGGUGAAGCUACCUUUCGAAGUGAGACACUGCAGAAGGAGGCAGGACUCACGCUUGGGCUUCCAGCAAAGAAUGAGCUGGGCUACAUCAUCUUCGACUCCCCUGACAGCAUCACGUUGGCUGAUAUCUUUACUAUUCUCGGGCUCGGACCGAUGCCCGAUAUUCCGUUCCUGAGUGGAAACAGCGCAGUAGAGUUGACGCACUGCGAUGCAAAGCUCGAUCGGUCUGAAAAGGGCAACAUAUCCAUCUGUUCAUCUACCAUCAAGUUUCAGAGAGAAGUGCUAGAGGUUCAAGACUUCAAGCUGCGAGAUGUCGAGUUUUCAUUAUCGUGGCAACGAGGGGAACAGACAGGCGGUGAGCAUAAGGCUAAAUCAACAGUCUCGUUUGUCAUAUCGGCUUCGCUGCAGCUAAAGAGUAUCAAGUCUAUGAUCACUGUCAAGUAUACUGGUGAGAAGAAAGAGUUGAUAGCUUCUAUCAUCCCUUUCACAGGGUCAUCACUGAAAGGGGUGGAUGUCUUGCACUUUCUGAUUCGUGGUGUCGACAGUCCCCUCCACUCCGCAUUGGGUAGCCUGGAAGUCAAGGUUGUAGAGAUGUCUCUGGAUCUCAGCACAGGCUCGCCGUCUUCUUUCAAGCUAGAGAUGAGGGAUGAUGCAACUCUCCAACUUCCCUCAGCGACAGAUAAAGAGCAUUUCACUGUGGGCUCAAUCUCAAUAGAGUAUAGCAAAGUGGUGGGCAAUCUUGAUGUGUUUGCCGCGCUCGUGAUUGAAGGCAUUCGAACAAACAUAAGCCUUGCUACCUUUACAAACUCAACAACCGAGGAGCGGUCUGUCGAGUUCAGUAUCGUCCUACAGAAAGGACAGAAAGAACUGGAGCUGAUCGCUCUUCUUGCGGCGGUAGGAAUUUCUAACGUUGACAUACCACGACCAGAAGGAUGCCCUGAAUUUGGUAUUGGCAUGGCAAACAUCAAGGGCAAGUUUAUUGAUAAAGAUAAAUCUGGUCUCAAGUUUGUGCAGCUGGGCGUGCACAUCGAGAUGGCAAGGGUUGUUAUGUCUGAUUGGGACAUGUCUAUGGACUACAUCUACGUCGACGUUGACUAUAAUAAGGCCCGCACUGACAAGCCUUUCUCAGUUUUAGUUUCAGGCGUGCUCUCAGUUGCUGGUUUGUUAGAGAUGACGAUUAAUUACGUUGGUAAAAAGGAUGCUUUGGAGAUGGACGCCGAACUACAUCUCAUCAGGGCGGAGGAAGUCAAAGUCAAGUCCAUCUUGGAAUGGUUAGCUGGUCAAUCUAUCGAAGACUCGCUACCUACAUUCAUUACAGAGGCAAUGAUUGAUCUGAAAAAGUCAAGAUUUGGAAUGUCUCUCAGUCGUUACAAGGGAGAGGGAAGCUCUGUCAUCGCAAUUUCGUUAAGCUUCGCUUUGGGGUCUGUUAUUGUGCAACUUGCGAGAACUAAGGUUCAACCGAAUGGUUCAAAGAAAGAAGACAAACUGCCAUGGAAGACCAUGCUCAAACUUGCAGUUAAUGCCCUUCCGCGCCCACCGCCAUUGCCGCUUGUUGGCCAGAUGGAACAGCCGUUCUCCACUCAGAUAUACUGGACCAAUAGUGACAUCUCACUCGAGGAGGUUGACAGGCUGAAUAGUCUGGCCAUUUUCAAAAAUCAGCAACUCCUCCGGUCAAAUCAUGCCACAGAAGCCUCUGUCUUUGGCCAAGGCUUAUCAUUCAUGCUCCUUGAAAAUGGCGACAUCGUUCUUGCUUCAAAACCUGCCCAGAGUAAGAUGACAGCGAGUUCAAAGGAGGAAGAAAAGCCAGAAGCUCAAGAGAUGAAGAAAGUCAACAGGAGAGUCAACGGUGUUAACAUCACAAGCAUUGGCUUUGAAUAUGAUGCCAAGGGGCAAAAGAUCAAAGUCAAAUUUACAGCACAUAUGACUGUUGGGCCCUUGGACGGUGAGCUGAUCAACUUCAGCAUGUCAGUGAAGUUACCACGUGGUGAAAGGAUAGAUUUGAGCGAUUGGAAGAACCUCGACAUUGAGAUGGGUCUGGAGGGACUGUCACUAGCAAUGACAGGCUCUAGCCUCAAUGUCGCUGGUACUUUGAAUUGUAUCAAGACCGAGGGAGAUGAUGUUUCUAUUACAGGCUUCGAAGGGGGAGUCAGUGUCAAGCUAAAGAAGUACCAAUUCGUUGGUUUUGGUUCUUAUAAGAGCGUCAAGAUCCAACAGGAAGAAUUUGUCUCUCUCAUGGGCUACGCAAUGCUGAAAGGGCCGAUGUUGAAGACUGGCCUUGUGGAACUAACCAGCAUCAGCGGCGGCUUCGGACUCGGUUCAAAGCUUGAGAUGCCAUCUAUCACUGAGAUACACAAGUUCCCGCUCCUUCUAUCUCCUGAUACUGAUCCAAUUAUCAUGUUCGAGAGACUUCGAGGAAGAGAUGGUGCAAAGUACAUGACGGAGACAAAUGGCGCAAACUGGGUUGCUGCUGGAGUUACGGGAACAGCCUGUGAGCUUAUCGAUGUCCAAGCUAUCGUGACUACUCCAUUGGAUCCUGUUACUGGAGAGUUGGCAAUUGUGGGCACCGCAUCUGCCAAGUUUCCAAGAGAUGCAAAGCCUGGCCAGAUACUUGCAGCUGUCAAGAUCAAUUUCCAAGGCAGUAUUGACAUGUCUCGUGGCUCUAUGCUUUUCGAAGGAAGAAUUGCCGAUGGUUCCUUCAUUCUUUUUGAAGACUCUGUUCUCAGUGGGGGAUUCGCAGUGGGAGCGUGGUUCGGCACGAGUCCACAGGCUGGAGACUGGUGCAUCAGCAUUGGAGGCUGGCAUCCAGCAUAUCAACCACCAUCCCACUACCCCAGUGCACCUCCUCGCAUGAGACUUCAGUGGAGCUAUGGAGAUAACAAGGAACUUUUGCUUGAUGGACAGGCUUACGCGGCAGUGACUCCCGAUGCACUCAUGGCUGGACUGGCUGUUAGUGCCAGCUACAAGAGCGGUCGAUGCGGUGCACACUUUGACUUCAGGGCUGACCUCAUUCUUUGGAUGCACCCAAUUUACUACGACGCUCGUUUCUUUAUAUCAGCCGGGUUAUCGUACGAGGCGAAAGCUUGGAUCAUAACUCUGCCGCUGAAGAUUACCUUGAGUGCUGAGUUGCACAUCAGUGGACCACCGUUCAGGGGUGAGGUUUACUUCAACUGGACAGUUUUCUCAUUCAGGGUCGAGUUCGGCGAAUCGAACAAUGAAGGUCUGAGGAAGCUGGAGUUCAGCGAGUUCCUCGGUGUGGUGCUCAGGAAGUCGGAGAAACAUCAUGUGCUGUCUCUCGAAUCUGGAGCGAUAGCACCCAGCAAGGCACCUAAUGCUCCACAGACACCAAAUUCGGCAUGGGUGGUACGCGGGGGCUCAUUUUCGUUCAGUGUCACAUCACGCGUGCCUACGAAGCAGAUCAAUUUCUUGAGGGCCUUGGACCCCGAGAGGAGGUUUAACGGCAGUAUUCUGGCCCGACCCAUGCAGCUCCCAGCUGGCUCUCUCGGCCUGACAGCAAACAUGGAAGUGUCUAUCCUCAAGAUUAGUGAGCUUGGUAACCAAGAGGUGCAAGACUUCACUUUUGAACCUAUAAGCGAGCAACUAGCAGCAUCGCUUUGGGGCCCAUUUGAUGGUAAUGCCAACGGAAUGCUUGGUGGUACGUCCCGUGAGAGCACUGUAUCACAUGUUGUCGGGCUACGAAUAGAAGCUCCUGUGGCUAAAUGGUCGAGUAAAAACCCUCGGAUUAUAGGAUUCAAGACACUCACGCAGCCAAACCCUAUCGCUGCUUUCUUCAACGACAACCCAACCCCAGAUAAUGGCCUGGACGCAACACCGAGAGCUGAUGGUGGGAAUAUGGAAGAAGACUUUGAGAACGCUAGAGAGGCACUGACAGGUAGUGUCAGACAAGAGGAAGAGCUAGAAGCUGUCAAGAAACGAAACGCUCGCAGGUCAUACAUCGUUGGUCAAUGGAUGGCUGUUCGGAAGCUCAAGACACCGGCUGGUCUCGAGAGUGAUGUACCCUUGAGAUAUGCCAAAAGUUUGGCUCACUUCUCACAUGUUGCUCCCAGAGUUUCACUAGAAUAG